CAAGGUAAACAACAGCCACUUCUGCUCCAAAAAAUGUCGGCUGUGGAACCCUUGGUUUUGGCCCAUGUGAUACGCGAUGUGUUGGAUUCAUUUACACCAACUGCUUCCAUGAGGAUCACCUACAACAAUAGGCUACUUCUAGCAGGUGCUGAGCUGAAACCAUCUGCAGUUGUGAAUAAGCCAAGAGUUGAUGUUGGGGGCACUGACCUCAGGGUUUUCUACACACUGGUACUGGUGGAUCCAGAUGCCCCAAGCCCAAGCAAUCCAUCACUGAGGGAGUACUUACACUGGAUGGUGAUUGAUAUCCCUGGAACAACUGGAGCAAGCUUUGGUCAGGAGCUCAUGUUCUACGAAAGGCCGGAGCCAAGAUCUGGUAUACACCGCAUGGUGUUUGUGCUGUUCCGACAACUCGGUAGGGGCACAGUUUUUGCACCAGACAUGCGACAUAACUUCAACUGCAAGAACUUCGCUCGUCAAUACCACCUAGACACUGUGGCUGCCACGUAUUUCAACUGUCAAAGGGAAGCAGGAUCUGGGGGGAGAAGGUUCAGGCCGGAAAGUUCUUAAGGAACAAAGCAGAGACUGCAACUAUUACAUGAUCGUCCUACGGAAUACAGUGAAUGGUUUAAACUAAAGUGCAUCAAAUUAGUACCGACGCACCCCUAAUGUCACUUACACGUGACAAUAUAUAUAGCUUUAAGUACCCCCCCCCCCCCUCAUGUGUGUCAUGUAU